AUGUUCGCAAGGGAGCGGGUUGGCAUCAGGGUCUGCAGUGUGAGGUUCGCACUUGGGUAUGCCGGUGGUGGUUACGCCAGUGGUGGUUACGCCAGUGGUGGUUAUGCCGGUGGUGGUUAUGCCAGUAGUGGUUAUGCCAGUAGUGGUUAUGCCAGUAGUGGUUAUGCCAGUAGUGGUUAUGCCAGUGGUGGAAAUACCAGUGGUGGUUGGAGUCUCCUGGAAGCUGCUGCUGCUGCUGCUGCUGCUGCUGCUGGUGGUGGUGGUGGUGGUGGUGCUGCUGCUGCUCCUGCUCCUGCUGAAUGUGGGGAGCAUGGGAGAAUGUGGGGAGCAUGGGAGAAUGUGGGGAGCAUGGGAGAAUGUGGGAGCAUGAAGGAGAAUGUGGGGAGCAUGUGGGAGAAUGUGGGGAGCAUGUGGGAGAAUGUGGGGAGCAUGUGGGAGAAUGUUGGGAGCAUGUGCCAGGAGAAUGUGGGGAGCACGUGCCCGGAGAAUGUGGGGAGCAUGUGGGAGAAUGUGGAGAGCACGUGCAGGGAGAAUGUGGGGAGCAUGUGGGAGAAUGUGGGAGCAUCAGAAAGGAGAAAUAACAGCUGUCCCACAUUCGCUGUGAAGAACGUCCUGUCCGACCGCUAUAACUCCCUCACAUAA